AUGGCGAGUUCACCCACCAGCAUCGAGAACCAGAUCGACAGCUUCCUGGAGCAGUUCAAACGCAGCGCCUCCCGGGCGAUGGAGGAGACCGCUGUUCAUCAUCAACGCGCCGGUAGCUACAACGCAUGCAGCAGCAGCAUCAGCCGCAGUCGCAGCGGCAACCUGGACCUGGAGCUCCUCGAGGCGGAAGAUGUAGAGAGUAUGACAGGCGAGAUAGAAAACGGAGAUUUGGCAGUUCGAGACGUUGCAGAUCUUCUCCAAGCACAAUACGCUAUUAUUACUGGAGGAAAAACGCGAGAGGGAUGUCCUAUAAUUACAUUUCCAGAUAAUGGCAAUUUUCAUAACUUGACUGAUUUGGAUUAUCAGCGUCUUAUGCUGUAUCUUACUUCUGUGCCAACACUUCAAGAAGCUGAUCUUGGAUUUCAUUUAAUAAUUGAUCGGAGGAACGACAAGUGGAAUUCAGUAAAAACAGUACUUCUAAAAAUUUCUGCAUUUUUUCCUGGUUUAGUACACGUCGCGUAUGUACUACGACCCGUUGGAUUUUUACAAAAGGCCAUUUCAGAAGUGUCGAAUAAAUUAUUUCGGGAAGAUUUCAAGUUCAGGGUUAUUUUCUUAGCUAACAUCGCCGAGCUACACGAGUUUAUAGAGAAGGAACAGCUUACCGAACAACUCGGCGGCGAUUUACCAUAUUGUCAUCAUACUUGGAUACAGAACAGAAUUAGUUUGGAAAAGUUUUCGUCGAUGACACAGGACGUAUCUCUCGCGUUGGACUCUUUCACACGACGUUUGGCCGAAGUGGAAUUUCCUAACAACACUCUAGCUACGACAACGCUAUUAUCACAGCAACAAGCUGAAUAUAACGAAUUAAAAGAAGAAAUACUCAGCGCUGCCAGGCACGGAGAAGCCCUUUUGGAUAGUGUACGGCAGCUAACAGGAAAAGGAACGGCCGACAGAUUAGGAAAUGUUGCUGCAGUAGAGAGAUUACUUGUUCAGUUGGAAGAAACUGAACGAACUUUCGAUUUAUUUUGGUCGCAUCAUAGUUCACGUUUGAGACACUGUCUGGCUCUGCGACAAUUCGAGCAAGAUUUUCGAGAAUUGCAAGCGACAUUAGAUCAGCAUCUAAAGACGGCGGAAGAAAUGACGGAAGUCGGCGAGACGCAAGCAAGAGUGGAGCAAUUAUUGCAUGACACGUCGGCAUUUCAGCGAAUAUGCAGAGGAGACAUAGAUCGCGCAGAAGAAGUGAUAUCCGCUGGUCAACAGCUACUGUCCGGCAGGCAUCAGUGUCCAGCGGACGUUGUAGAACCCAAAUGCGUGGAGCUGCAGAGAGUCUGCACCAUUCUCAGUCAGAGACUGGAGAGACGACUGCUCAUGCUGACUAAGUGCAGGGAACUUAUGGAGCGUAUAGAUAAGGCUAAUACUUGGUGUACGCGAGGGAUAGAAUUGCUAGCGUCGCAGAAUAGCAUCACGCCACCGGAUCAAGCGCUCCAAGAGCUACAACAAUUGAUCGAAGCCGCGGAGGAAUUUCAUCAUCCCCGAUGUAUCUUCCAGGAUUCUGUGAUGCCGGAAACUAAAGCCCUCAUCACACAAGUUUUGCAAAGGAUAGAAGACGUAUCCUUGAUGUGUGACAAGAGGAUAAUGGCACUAAAACAACAGUUGAUUAAACCAGCCAGACCAGUACAAACUGUCACUCCAGAACCAGUCAAACCCUUACAAUCACUGCCUCAAACCAUAAAGUCUGGCAGAAUCCUUAAAAAAGCUAAUACUAUGCCAAAAAUGGAGAUGAGUCCUAUAGAGGGAGAAUCUUCGUCACCGGAAAGCGAACCUCGGGAUGUCGAAGCUUUACGCUUAAAGCGCGGCCACGUCUUGACCGAACUCGUAGAAACUGAGCGAAUCUAUGUCGCAGAACUUGGUUCGAUCAUUAAAGGCUACAAAAUGGAAAUGACGAACGAGGCGAUGUCUCAUUUGAUACCCGCUGCAUUAGUUGGCAAAGCGGACGUGUUGUUUGGAAAUUUAGAGGAUAUUUAUAUUUUUCAUGGUGAGACCUUUCUAAGGGAUUUGGAAAACUGCAUUUCGAAUACUGAGCUCGUCGCUUUGUGCUUUGUUCAAAGACGUGAGAUGUUCUUUAGAUUGUACAGUUAUUAUUGUCAAAACAUUACGCGAUCUGAAAGAUUGCGCGAACAAAUACAAAGCGAGCCACAAUUUCUCGCAACCUGUCAGCAAAAGCUUGGUCACAAGCUACCACUCGCUGCCUACCUUCUCAAGCCUGUUCAGCGAAUUACUAAGUACCAGUUGUUGUUAAAAGAUUUGUUAAAGUAUAGCGACGAACCUUCGUGCUGCACCGAGUUACAGGAAGCGCUGGACUGCAUGCUAGUUGUGUUAAAAUGCGUUAAUGAUAGUAUGCAUCAAACUGCGAUAACAGGAUUUGGAGGUGAUUUGAGUGCACAGGGUGAAUUAUUGUUACAAGGCUCAUUUAGUGUCUGGAGCAGUAGUAAACGGGAACGAUUGUUGCGACUAAAACCAUCUCAGCGACAUAUUUUCUUAUACGAGAAGGCUCUGAUAUUUUGUAAACACAGUAAACCUCAAGCUCAUGACAAAGCCACGUAUCAUUUUAAAAGAUAUUUGAAGAUGUCCCAGAUUGGUUUAACGGAGUCGGUAAAGGGCGACGCCAAACGAUUCGAGAUAUGGUUACAAGGUAGAGCUGAGGUGCAUACGAUACAAGCACCGAGCAUUGAUGUGAAGCAGUCCUGGGUUCGUCAUAUCAAAGGGGUUCUGAUGUCUCAGCUGGCCGAACUUAAAGGCAAACAGAAUUCAGCUCUUGGAAAAUCCAAUCAUAAACCUUUGCGACAAACUAUCUCGUGGGAAGCUCAAGGCAGUAUAUCGGGAUCUUUGCGAACGCUAUCCGUCGACAGCAACAGUGUUACCUCUCACAUGACUGACGUGUCGCAGUCCACGGAGGAGGAUGCAGCGUGGAGCUCAGAAAAUAGCAACACGGACGACGAGGACGCAUUUGGCGAUAAUCCGGGACCGGCACCUGGUGGAAGGUACGUGGCAUUGGCCGAUUAUUGCGCGGUGGGGCAAUCUGAAGUUACGAUGCGCGAAGGUGAUACCUUGGAGCUUCUCAAAGUCGGCUGUGCUGGCUGGUGGUUCGUCAAACUGAUCAGUAGCGGCGUGGAGGGCUGGGCACCCGCGGCAUACUUGGAACCGAUUAGUCGGAAAACGUCACGUAGUUCGCAGUCGGUGAAUAGUCAAGAGACCAUAUGAAACAGGCGACUAACACACUAGAGAACCCGCUAGUGUGUUAGAUCUUUGUUCGUCUCUGGAGACUUCCGCAGUCGCGUUAGAGAGAUAUCCACCGUUCAAUAUCUCAAGAAUUUUCUUAAGUAGCGAACGAUUUUUGGAAAUCUUUUACAUUUAAACAAGAUGAUGAGUUGCGUCAUUUUGUGUACCUUUCUUAUACAAUCCAGCAUAUACAAGGCUUAUUGAGUGAUGCUCUUGCGUUUGUGAGAAACGUUAAGUUGAACAGGAUUUUUACGUUUAUGAGGAAUUUAUAAUGCAUAAUGAGAGGAAGGUAAAAUGGAACGAGACACUUUACAUUUCACGACGAUUGCACUGCGAACGGUUGAUUGAACAAGUUGUUACAGUUGCGUCAAAUUGAGUGAACUCGUUUUCGAGCACGACAUUUACUGAAUUGUACAAAAUGUAAUGUUGAAUUAAGCUGAGAUAUGAUACGUGCAUACGCACAAUGGAUUACGAGAUGAUCUCGUAUCAAUCACUACAUUUCUAUAAUAACGAUGUACAUGUACUCAGAAGGAAGGAAGAGACAUGACUCUAAUGUUAAAUCGCACGCGUCCUCGCGCGUUCGAUUACUUAUAAUUUUAAGGAGAAUUUGCAUGAAGAAGUAUGUAAGCGUAUUCUGUAAAUGGUAGUUCUACUUGCGACCCGAGUAAUCAAAUAUCGGCUGUACGCGAUUAUUCCAAAGUUUAAUAUUGUUAUAAGAGAAAAAUAGAGAGAAAGACGCGUGACACUUUCGUUCACAGCGUUUUUGUCGAUACCACUUCCUUUGCCAACUCGACAAACUUGAUAACUAAUCUUUGCUCGGUGUAUUUUACGGCGUCGCGAGUAAUUAAAUAUCGAUCGUCAGACGCGUUAUCGUCAAUCGCGUUAGUUAUGUAUCAUCAUAUGUUGGCUUAGAGUUCUUAGAUAGAACCCUAGAUGCAUCGUUAACAACCGAAUAGUACAAUUUAGCACAGUUUUACGGGCUUUGAGAAUAUCCUAAAUGUUUCGUUUUUCGAGGAUUAAAAUGUAGAAUUCGCUUCCGAGGGUUGACAUAUAGAAUAUUUGCAAAGAUAAAUCCUCGAGCCUUUAAAAAAAGGGGAAAAUGUGUGAUAAAACUGUUAGAUCGAUGCUUCUACAAACUAAUCAUUGUAAACACCUGCAGAGAAACAGAUGUUUAAUUAAUAUUACGCCAUUCUCUUAGGACGUUAGGUAUAUUGUUGACGAGUCAUUGCGACCAAAUAAGCUUGAGAUGUUACUAUCACUAUAUGUGAACCAUUCGUUUCGAAGAAAUAAUGCGGUGGUAGGUGAUGGGACAGAGAAGAUUCAAAGAAUCAUAUACAAUGUGUACACAAAUUUUCUAGGAGGCUAAACGGUUAACACCAAGUAACAUGCAAUAUCUGAUACCGAUUAAAAUCUUAAUGCAUAAUAUAUACUUUAGGAUUAUACAAUAAGCAAUCUUUUAGCAGAUUUCGUAACCCACCAAUUUCAUAAAUCUCCAUUAUGAUAUAUAACAAUGUAUAAUAAUAUCAUUUGUACUGAAACGUUUGUACGAAUACAGAUAACAUAAUUUAAGGGGGAUCAUCCCGAUCGCUAUGAUUUUCUCUCCGAUGUCGCGUGCAUUAAUUAUGUCCACUUCUAUAUGAUAGGCAAAAGGACAUGACCGCAACUUUUAUUCUUAUAUAGCCUAUAUGAGUCUCUGCUUUAGUAUUUAUAA